AUGCCUGCUGCCGCCUCUGCCCGCAAGUCGACUCCCACGCGCAAAUCGACUCCUCGACGCGCUCGUUCCUCCUCGGUAGCUUCCAACGCCUCCACCGCCGCGCCUGCUUCGCCCUCCGCCUCGCCGCGCAAGACCAAAAAGGAAAAGGAGGCCGCUGCUGCCGUCACCGCCGCCGCCAAGCAGAUCAAAGAUGUCAAGUCCGACGUCUCUCGUCCCAAGCUUCCUACCAAGAAGAACCCUCGUCUGAAAGAGGUCGACGAGGCUGUCGUCAAGCUCCAAAUCAUUAAGCGCGAGGGCCACAACAUCAUCAUCGGUCGCGUCAAGCUUCCCACCGUCAACGGCCAGGACCACGCCUUCUUGCUCAAGCGCUUCGACACCAAUGCCAUGGCUGCCUCGUCCAUGUUCCGUCUCGCCUUCCCCUUUGCUGAUGGCAGCGCCGAGGCCGCCGAGAUGCAGUAUCUCGAUGCCAAGUACGACACCAACCGCGCCAACGGCGGCUACAUCGUGGAGGAGGUCAAGGCUCCCGAGACGCCCAAGAAGCGCGGCCGCCCUCGCAAGAACCCCGAGACGCCCAAGAAGGACGCCUCGACCGACACCGAGUCCGUCAGUGGCGAGAAGCAGAUUCGUGUCCUCCCCGAAGGCAGCACCGGUGUUCGUCUCCAGGGUACCUGGAUCCCAGCCGAGGACGCCAUCGAGGUCGCCGAAGCCUACGGCAUCGCCAAGUAUGCAGAUGCCCUCAUCCACGCUACCGCCGAGCACAGCGAGGACGGCGGUGCUCCCGUCCUCACCUCUGCUCCCGUCGCUGAAGUCAAGACGCCCCGCAAGCGCCAGCGUGUUUCCGCCGCCGCCGCUGCUGCCUCGGACGCCGAAUCUUCCCCCAAGAUCGUCCAGAAGAUCACCCGCCGUGAAAACGCCGACGGCACCAUCUCGCAAGUCAGCAUCGAGUCCACCAUGUCCAACGGCAUCCCCGCCGCGCUGUCGCAGGCCGAGAUCGAAGCACAGAUCGCCGAGGCCAAAGCGCUCGCUGCUGGCAUCCAGAAAUCAUCGGCUGGCAGCAAGAGCCCCUCGACGCGUGGCCAGAAGCGUCGCGCCGUCAACGACCGUCCUACCGCCGAGCUCGAUCCUUUGGCUGACGACGAGGACUACGCCGAGAACGGCCGUGUGGUGCGUGCCUUCAAGCGAGGCACUCGUGUUGCUCGCAAGCGCCCCAUCGCUACGACCGCGAGUGUUGUUGCUGCUGCUGGUGCUGUGGGUGCGGGUGCGCUCGCCUGGAUCUCGGGCGGCAACCCUGACGUGGCCAUCCAGACGCUCCAGACGAGCCUGCAGAGCGUCGGCCUGCAGAACUUCCAGAACCUCGGCCUGCAGAACCUGCAGAACUUGCAGCAGUUUGGCGGUCAGAUUGGAAGCCAGCUCGCCGCGUAUCUGCCGUGGUAA